UUUUGUCACUCAUUGCGUUAGACAUUCGGCGUUUUCACUGCCAAUGCCAGUGUUGUGUUGAUGAUACCAUUUGUGUACCGUCAGCGAUACUGUGCGGACCACUUGUGGCGCGAAUUCUUCAUUUGGUUACGAUCGAAAAGUGCUCCGUCGGGAUUUAAAGGAACGGCGCCAUGAAGGCACUCUUUCUUUGUUUAGCAUCAUGCCUACUCAUUCUGCAAAGUGAUGGCGUAGAAAAGGCGAAGUACCGACCAAGGUACAUUUCUCUGCAUGACCGUAUCAACUGGGAUGAUUCAGCGGAGACCAUACCAGACCCACCAGACCACACCAAGUUGAUUGCUAUGGCAAGAUAUGUGCUCCAUAAUACAAAUUGGACCUCCAUAGCCACAAUAUCAACCCAGACGGCCAUCAAGGGCUUCCCAUUCUCGAAUGUGAAGUCUAUCGUCGACGGCCCACUGGAAAAUUCCACUGGCAUCCCAUACUUCUACAUGUCACCUCUAGACUUUACUGCUAAGGAUCUUAUGAAAAACAGUCGAGCUACCGUAUUGGUAUCCCUCGAACAGCUGGACUACUGCGAGAAGAAAGACUUGGACCCAGAAGACCCGCGCUGUACCCGGCUCAUGCUGUCUGGCAUCAUGAAGAAGGUCAAAGAGGGCACUCCAGAGUAUAUCUUUGCAAAGGCGGCUUUGUUCGCGCGACAUCCUGCUAUGGCUGAUUAUCCACCAGAUCACAACUGGUUCGUGGCCAAAUUGAAAAUCGCGCAAAUCGCCAUGAUAGACUGGUUCGGUGGCGCGAAAUACAUUCCCGUGAAGGACUAUCUAGCAUUCAACUACACCAACAUCAAUCGUUAUAGAUCGCGUCAUUAGUAUGGGUUUGAUUAUGAAAAAAAGGGAAUAUACGUUAACGGCCGUUAAAUUUGUUGUAUUUGUUACAUAGUCACGCCUUUUUCUAUAAUGAAAUAGACAAAGGAGCCAAGUUUAGCUUUAAGGUGAUAGUUCUUACAUUUAAAAAGUUAUUAUGUAGGUACUUGACCAGAAUUCUAGAGGACCUGACAAUGUGAGGACGCCAUUUUACGUCUUUUUAUAUAGCAACACCAAAUAGUUAUGUCAUAUUUAGUGAAUAGUAAGGUUUAUAGACAAUAGUGUAUUAUUCAAGUCAAAUAGAACAUUUUACUUUCAGAGAACUGUACAUUAAUGAAGAAUAGAUUUCAUCGUAUAAAUGUUCAUUAACGACAAUGUUUUUAAUGGUAGUAACUGCGUAAGACAAAUAAUCUUUUUGCUAAAGUGGUAAUAAGAUUGUAAAAAUAUAAUGUAAAUAUUGAAAAUUAGUGCUGUGAUCAUAUAACAUUUUAGGUGUAAAUCUUUAUAAGGCGGAGACAAAAGACAGUGCCUACUUUUUAAUUCUGAAUUAUAUAAAAUUGUAGACAGUCUUACAAUGAAAUAUAUAGAGUAUAUACUCGCCUAAAAGUUUGUACUAUGUUUUAUAAUAAAACAUUGAAAUUCAACAA